CUGCUGGCUACUUCCCCAACUCCAUAUUUCCACACACAGAAGAAUCACAAACCUUGACAGGAAGAAGAUGAUCAGUCUCUUCUCUCACUACCCGAUACCAUCUUCUUCUUCUACUUCUCUCUCUUCCCUAAGAACCCUAAAACAUCUCUCAUUCUUAACGAAACCCAGAACAGCCGUUUAUUUGAAAAGACCAUUCACUGUGAACUCUCUGCUCUCUCCGGAACCUGACCCACUUCCACCCUCUGUUCAGACAUUCUGGCAGUGGGUUUGUGACGAAAACAUAGUCUCCCCCAAGUCACCAGUGAAGCCAGGGGUCGUACCAGAAGGUCUAGGAUUGGUUGCUCAGAGAUACAUAGCCAAAAAUGAGGUCGUUUUGGAGAUUCCCAAAAGGUUUUGGAUCAAUCCGGACACAGUCUUAUCCUCGGAGAUUGGGAAUGUGUGUUCUGGGUUGAAGCCUUGGGUCUCAGUUGCUCUGUUUUUGAUCAGAGAGAAGCUGAGGGACGACUCGCCGUGGCGACGCUACAUUGAUGUUCUUCCAGAGUACACGAAUUCUACUAUUUAUUGGUCAGAAGAGGAGCUCUCUGAAAUUCAAGGUACCCAACUAUUCAGCACAACAUUGGGUGUGAAAGAAUACGUGCAGAGUGAAUUUCUAAAAGUGGAAGAAGAAAUCCUACUUCCUAACCAGCAACUUUUCCCUUCUUCUAUAACAUUGGAUGACUUUUUGUGGGCAUUUGGGAUACUCAGAUCAAGGGCAUUUUCUCGCCUUCGUGGUCAAAAUCUCGUUUUGAUCCCUCUGGCAGACUUGAUCAACCACAGCCCCAGCAUAACCACAGAAGAUUAUGCAUAUGAGAUUAAAGGAGCUGGUCUUUUCUCUAGGGAUCUCUUGUUUUCUUUACGGAGCCCAGUAUAUGUCAAGGCUGGUGAACAGGCUUUAAUCCAAUAUGAUUUAAACAAGAGCAAUGCUGAGUUGGCUCUGGAUUAUGGAUUCAUAGAACCAAGGGCAGAUCGUAAUGCAUAUACAUUAACAUUAGAGAUAUCUGAGUCUGAUCCAUAUUUCGGAGACAAGCUGGACAUUGCAGAGUCAAAUGGUCUGGGAGAAACUGCCUAUUUUGAAAUAAUACUAGGCUGCCCUCUUCCACCAGCAAUGCUUCCAUAUCUGCGGCUGGUAGCGCUUGGUGGGACCGAUGCUUUCCUCCUGGAAUCCAUUUUCAGAAACUCUAUUUGGGGCCACGUUGAAUUGCCAGUUAGCCGUGCCAAUGAGGAGCUUAUAUGCCACGUCAUCCGCAAUGCCUGCAAAACUGCUCUUUCUGGAUAUCACACAACCAUUGAAGAGGAUGAGAAGUUGAAGGAAGGUGGAAAUCUUGAUCCAAGGCUUGAGAUAGCGGUGGGGAUACGAGCAGGGGAGAAGAAGGUACUGCAACAAAUUGAUGGAAUCUUCAAGGAGAGGGAACUGGAACUGGACGAAUUGGAAUAUUACCAAGAAAGGAGGCUUAAGGAUCUUGGUCUGGUUGGGGAGCAAGGUGAAAUAAUUUUCUGGGAGCCCAAGUAGUAUAUUACUGAAUUCCACAUGUUUCUAUCAAUGUGGUAUGGGAGGCAAUUUCAUCACAUGUUACUGGAACAAGGAGUGGAGACAAGAGAACAGCUCAUAAGCAUCCUUCACCCUUUCAAGGAGGUUCCUAUCUCCAUUUUUCCACAAAUUGUACCAGGUUGAGCUUCUAUUCUAGUGUAACAAUGUAUGUCACAGCUAGUAACUCGUGUGAUUAUGAGCAAUUUUGAAUUCUCAUGACAUGGCAAUCUUCAGAUAAUUCCUUCUUUCGUAUUGUUGUUCGUUUGCUGAAAAGGUUGUUUUGUGAUAUGUGCUUCUCCCUCCUCUCGUUCUUUGUUUCAUGGGGGGAAAUUUACCACACUGGACGCAGUCAUGGGAGCGCUACCUCGCUGACAUAAUUUCUCAAUGCAUUACUCAAGAAUACUCUCGUGGAGAAUCAUGAACAACUAACCCCAGCUGAUGGCUGCAGGUUUAACUCUGCUAAUUCCAACGACAAUCCAGCUCUCCUAAUCCAAUUCUAAUGGUUGGCAUUUUAACUAG